UUUUACUUCGAUCCUGAAACACACUGGCUCGAUCUCACAGACCCAACAGGCGGCAGUCAGUUCCUAGGGGUUGCAUAUCUCAUCGAAAAAUUUCUCUCAAAUCUCCUUGACCGACAUUGCGUCUUCUAUUUAGCAUUUUUUGAGGUGCAUAAAUUCAUCUGGAGAGAAAAUUCAAAAUUUUUGGUGGUCAGGCAAGCUAUAAUAGAGCAUUUAAAAGAAAAUGUGAGCAAAGUCAAAUUAAUCGAAUUUAAGAAUUGGUGGGAAGAAGAAUGGAAAGAAUUUCUUGACACACGGCAACCUCUUUUCGUUUUGCUGGGUGAUGGACAGCAGAACAAGCUAGUUAGCAAAAGUUCAUCAGAUGAGGUCAUACUUAUAGCAAAAAAUCUAGCAUGCUUUUGUCAAGCCUUUAUGUUUUCCUGUAUAAUGAAAGAUGUGUACGUUGCCCUGCUUCCAGGAUUACUUUUCAAAGAUUCUCGUGCUUUUGCAUUCGUUUUCGACAGGAUUGGAUAUUAUUUAAGCAAACAAGACUGUACUAAUCUUGAGGAAGAGAUCCAUGAAGUUUUGUCCACACAUUUCCCGAUCCCCACUUCAUCAACAGACAUCCACGACCACGAAGCUGUUUCCGCAGUCUGUCGACUUGAAAGCUCCGGCAGUCAACGAAUGCUUUAUAUAAUUCUUUCUGUAUAUUAUAUCCUUUUAAAUCAAUGGUUUUCUGAUGGCGUGAUAAAAGCAUUUAUCUACCAUGCUAUGUUGUUAGACUAUCUUCCACUCAAGGCGCGUGCUCACAAACCCUUGAUCUCAACAUCUCCGGAGGUUGUCACUUUUUUGGAUGAGUUUUAUAAACAAUGUGCGCAGCUAUUCAUGGAUUCUUAUUGGCAACGUCAGGCUAAGGCUUUUAAAUUAGCUUGUAACCUAGGCGACUUUAUCGAUGCAAGAUUAUAUGCUGUUCUUUUUUCUUUAUCCGAACUUGAUCUUGUCUUACCAUCCGAAAUUCAAGAGAAAGCUGAAGUGAUAUUGGAUAUCCUAUUAAAACAUCGUCAAUCAAAAAUCCAUAGCACAUUACCAGGUUCCCCUACUGUUAUUCUUUCACCACUAUCUGGGGAUACCAAUAGUCUGCCGGAACUUCGUUUGCUUCCAUUUAGAUUCCCAUUUUAUGAGGAAUACCUUGGCAACAUGAAUAUAGACGUCGAUGAAGCGGUUGUGGUCGAUGAAGAAAUCGAUUAUGGAAAAUAUGGUCAAAACGGCAAAACAAAGUAUAUCGACGAAUAUCAUUGGCACGUAAGUAAACCUUUAGAUAAAGUUAAAAUUCAAACCAGCAAACAGCAGAGAAAUUAUCAAAAAUACGUGCGAUUUAUGCAAGCCUAUGCUACAUCACUGGGUACCACACACAAUCAGACGAUCACGGUUGAUAGAAAGAACUCAAAUAAUCAGAAAAAAGAAAAAAAAGCAAUUAAGGCAAACAAAAUGAGUUCUAAGGGGAAAGCUAUUAUCGAAGCUAAUAAAAAAACGAUUCUUGAGAAAGCUGCCGCUGAUUCUCGGCGAAUUCUAAAAACAUGGUCGGAUGAGAUCGAUAGUUUGAAGAGCACCGAGGAAAAACUGAAACGACUCUUGGGGCUCCUAAAAAAUCCGGGGAGGCUGCAACAUCCCCCGACAAUGAUGAAGGCACAGCUCAUAAAAUUACAACUGCAAUUACAGUUUUGGGCCGAUGAACUCAAUAAGGAUAAACGUGAUGGUCACACCGACUUUUCCAAGGCCAUGGACGUUUAUCGACAAGUGUUUAGUAUAUUCCACGAAUUUUCGGAUAUCAUGACAAGUGAAGUAAAACAGAUAUUGGAAAAGGUCUUGGAACGACUUGGCAUGGAAUCCUCAGCAAAGAAGAUUCGCGAAUUUAUUCUAAAAACCAACAUGAACCAAUCAGAAUAUUUAUUCCAAUUCCCUUCGAGACCUAAUAACCUUUCAGUUGGAAUUUCAGACGCGCGAUUCCAAAUGAAGUACGGUGGUCACUCGAUGGCUCGUGAUACAAAUGCAGUGGACGAUCCGAGGGUAAAGACGUUCAGGCCAGACUCUUGGCAAGUGGAAGUGUUAAACAUCAUUGACCGUAAAGAAUCUGCAUUGGUAUGUUGUCCCACAUCUUCGGGGAAGACAUUCAUUGCCUUUUACGCGAUGGAACAAAUAUUGAGAGAGGACGAUGAAGGAAUCAUUGUCUAUGUGGCACCUACCAAAGCGCUUGUCAAUCAAGUUGCAGCAGAGGUAUAUGGAAGAUUUACGAAAAACUAUCCCAGUGCAAUGUCGCAUUGGGGCAUUUAUACACGUGACUACCGCGAGAAUCACGACUGUUGUCAGAUACUGGUUACCGUGCCAGAUAUGCUCGAGAUACUCAUGUUGUCACCAAACCGCUCUGAUGAUUGGUCCCCAAAGAUCCGCCGGAUCAUCUUUGAUGAGAUCCAUUCUAUAGGCGAAUCAGAGAGCGGCGUAGUGUGGGAACAUCUUCUUCUCAUAUCUCAAUGUCCUAUUCUCGCACUCUCUGCCACCGUUGGAAACCCAUCGGAGUUUCACAGCUGGGUUGAAAAGGCACAAAAAUUACGUGGCCAUAAGAUGCACCUGAUAAUGAGCGAUAAGAGAUAUUCAGAAUUAGUGAAAUUUGCUUAUAUUCCUUCGCUCCCAUUCCCUACUUUUGAGACGGUAUAUCCAAAAACAACUGAUUGUUUUAUUCCGGUUCAUCCAUGUUCUGCAUUGUCUUGGGUAAUACUGAAGGAAAAAGGGUUUCCAACAGAUAUGAAAAUCUUGCCCGAUGAAUGUGUUCAAUUAUAUGAUAAGAUGUGCCAAGUUUCUGGUAGUAAUGAUAAAAAAAUGCUAAAACGACUGAAUCCAGACAAUUGGUUUCGGGACAAGAUACCAAUCACAAAGGUAGAUGCCAGUGAAUACGAAAAGACCAUAAAGGAAGCCUUCCGGAAUUGGUCCACGAAUGAAAGUACAGUGCAAUUCGUUAAACAAAUUAUCAAUGAUUUCAGGAGCCUUCUGGAAAAGCGAUUCUCGAAACUUGAGGCCAGCGGUUUUGUCCUAUCUGAAGCUAACGUUGACAUAAAGCAAGAAGUCAAAGAAGUCAAGGGAAAAUUUGACAUGUAUGACGAUGAUUUCUUGAAAUAUGCAAUACUCAAUCUAGCCGCCGAACUCAACAGUCAGGAUAAACUCCCAGCUAUUUUCUUUCACUUUGAUCGUCGUGGAUGCAACACACUUGCCCUGAAAAUCUUCGAAACAUUAGAAUCUAAAGAGGCUGAGAUACGAGAAAACGACAAAGAAUAUCAAAAGCGAAAAAAAACGGCAAUAUUACAGACCGAAGCUAGAGAAAAACUUUCAAAAAAGAUUUCAGAAUCGAAGAAAAAGAAAGGUCGACGCGACGACGAUGAGUUUUCUGAUUCAGCGGUUCACGAUGACGACCCAGAGAUUUUUGAUUGGGAGAAGAAUGAUCCGAGAUUUAGUUUUGUACCAAUGAAUCCGUCAAUUACUGAUAAAGAAGUUGAUGAAUUAAUUGAGCAUCAAAGUUGGAACAAGGAGAAAACUUUCUUUUGGAAAGCAUUAAAAAGGGGCAUUGGUAUACAUCAUGGAGGAAUGCCAAAAAAGUAUCUGCAAACUGUUGAAAUAUUGUUUCGGAAAAAAUAUGUUCGAGUUGUAAUUGCAACCGGCACAUUGGCUUUAGGUAUAAAUAUGCCUUGUAAAACGGUUAUUUUUACUGGUGACUCGGUAUUUUUGACUGCGCUGAAUUACAGGCGAGUGCUUAUGCUGUAUUGA